AUGUCUUCGAACGCAGGAGGCAAGUCCAAUGACAGGCAACACUCCCCAGCACCGUGGAGAUCAACAGAUCCGUGGGCAGCAGGAGGCAAACCUUCAGGCGGAUUUCCAACUUCGCCGGUUACGCGGGAAAUGCACAUUUCAGCGCCUCAUUCGUUGUCAGCAGCGGUAAGGGCUCGAAAGGAUGAGUAUAUUCGAAAGAGGUCUAUGAAAGUCAAGAUUGGCACCUGGAACGUCGCCUCCAUUAGCGGCACCGAAAUGGACCUGGGUGCUUGGUUCGUUGACGGAUAUGGGGCAAAAGGACUUGCCCAAAAUCUUUCCGGGAUUUCGGCAGCGGAUGAUGACGACUCCGACUCCGAUACCGACGAGAACAUCGAGUCUGUCGAAUCUCAAGAAGCUCGAAUGGCGAAGAAGCAAAGCACCGUACCGAAAGGCGACAGUGCUACCGAACCCAAUGGCGACCAGAUCGAUCUGUACGUUUUGGGUUUACAAGAAGUUGUGGAUGUCACUUCUAUGACCGAAGCUGUGAAGCCCUACACCGACCCGAAUCCCGGCAAGAAAUGGAAAAGGGCGCUGAAACGUGCUUUACCCCCGGGCUACAAGAAGGUUGCGGAACAACAACUGCUGGGUCUCCUCCUUCUUAUCUACGCCUCUCCAGAACUGGCUCCAAGCGUUGGCUCAGUAAGCACCGCAUCGGUGGGUACAGGGUUGAUGGGAUAUUUGGGCAAUAAGGGAGCAGUUGCAGCCAGAAUCAUGGUUGCUGAGACCACGCGGCUCUGUUUCAUCAAUUCUCAUCUCGCCGCCGGGGCUGACCAAACAGCUUUGAAUCGUCGCAUUUGGGACACCAACCAGAUCUUGACUCGUACUCGAUUCGCGCCAGUCAGUCCAGACGGCGAAGUGGUAGAGCUUGGGGAGGAAAGGAUUGGCGAGGAAGAUUUCUGUUUCUGGUUUGGAGAUCUCAACUACCGGCUGGAUGACAUUCCGGGCGAGGACGUGCGAAGAUUGUUAUUGCUGCAUACUCGCAACGAGUACGACCUUGAAAACAAAUCCAAGCGACGAAUCGAUAGUGAACUGGGCUACGUCAACACACCAUCGGAUGACUCGCCACCCCCUUUGACUCAGCACUACGAAUACAAGGAGGCGGAAAGGCCGGCCAGCGAUAGUACUGCAGAGCCGCCACUGGAUCCCAAAUCCGACCCGGCCUCUCUUCACACAACUCUUCAAUCUCUGCUAGCUCAUGACCAGCUUCGCAACCAACAAAAGUCGCGGAGAGCGUUUUACGAGGGAUGGCGGGAAGGGGAAAUCAACUUCCUGCCGACUUACAAAUAUGAUGUCGGCAGUGUUGGCAUGUUCGACUCGGGAGACAAAAAGAGAAGUCCAAGCUGGUGUGACCGGAUCCUCUAUCGGACUCGGCGUGACAGGCACAAAUACGAAGAAGAAGCCAAGCAGCUGGAAGAAGCCCGCAAAAAGGACGAAUUGAUGAAAGCUCGUGGAAUCGACCAAGCGACGGCCGAACAUGAUGUCCUGUUUGACUACGACCCCGAGACAGAUGGGCUUGCGUAUGGAGAAGAUUACGAUGACUACGACGAUCGGGAAGACGCAACGCACGAUGCUGAGCUGGUCCGCACCCAAGAAGAUUACGAGGAUACCAUCGAAAUCCUCAGUUACCAUUCUUACCAAAGGAUACUAUCUUCAGACCACAAACCGCUCGCCGCCGUUUUCCGGUUGACGUACGAGGCCGUCAUCCCGGAACUAAAGGCGAGAGUGCACCAAGAGGUUGCUCGAGAGCUGGACAAGGCGGAAAACGAAGGGCGUCCAGCGGUCACCGUGGUAGUGGACAGCCCUCCAGACCCGAUCCCAAACGCUGACGGUGCGGCAGACAUGAACGUUGUCGACUUUGGAGAGGUGCGUUACCGCGUGAGGAAGUCGAGGAUGGUAACCAUUGCGAACACUGGGCAAAUCACCGCCUCGUUUUCCUUUGUCGACCGUCCCACCGAAUUGGCAGACGAUGCCGGCAUUGCUCCUCGAUGGCUCGAGAUCCACGUGGAUCCAAGCUCAGAAAUGAAACCUGGGAACUCGGUUAGUUUAUCUCCUGGUGAAACCAUGAGCGUCGAGCUGUCCAUCAACAUCCCGGAUGGGCUUGUGUGUGACUUGAACGAAGGAAAUGUGCACCUUGACGACAUUUUGGUCCUUCGGGUUGAAGGCGGACGAGACCACUUUCUUCCCGUCAAAGGGACGUGGCUCCAGUCUUCAUUUUACCGCACUCUCGACGAACUGGUUCUGGCGCCCGAAGGCGGCGUGCGAGCUCUACCCAAAUCGCACACGAACCGAGAUUCUACGGGCACAGGCAAUCUUCGAAGUACUGUAAUGCACCACUCUGCUCCCAAGGAACUGUACUCGUUGACGGAGAUCAUCCCGAUCUACAUCGAACGGUCGAUCGCAGAAUGGGGAAUGAUCCACGACGAGGAAACUCCGCCCUGGCAAUACAAUCCCGGAGGCCUUUCUUGGCCAUUCGGUCCGGGAACGUGGACGUUCCAUGAAGGAGAGGAACGGUCGGAGCUGUUGGCUGGAGUGAGAGAGGCGUUGGACACAGCCAGGCCACUGGACAGCAAUUUCGACCCCGAUGUGCCCUGUCUUGUUAGACUGGAAGUGUUGUCCGAGACACUCAUGGGGUUUCUUCGAUCCCUCCGAGACGGCAUAGUGUCGGCCAGUACGUGGUCUGAGGUGGAACGACGGUUGAGCAUCUCGGAAAAGGGCAAAGUGCAGGCGACGUGGGAAGAGAUCCAGGAUAUGGUCAUGGAUUCGAUUUCUCGGUAUCCUGUCCACAGCGUGUCGUUGACUUUUAUCACGUUCCUAUUGACGCGCAUCGCCACCGAAUUGCUGCCUUGCGGAGCCUCCUCGCAAUCGUUGGACGUAUCAGUACCCGCAUCACCGAAUCCUUCAAGGCGGUCCAGAGCCUCAACACUCUCUAGUGACUCGGAUCAUGUGCCGUCACUAGCCGGGUCAGAAACACCAGGGAAACGGAGUCUGUUCCCCACGUUACGCCGGCGUCGGACGCGGAGUCUGUCGUCCUCAUCAGGGCCUCCUACGGAUCCGAAUGCGGCGGAGUCGGAGCGAGGCAAGAAACUCAUCAGUGCAUAUGUUGAGAUAUUCGCACCUGUUGUCAUCCGGUCGGAGAACGAUGCGACGGUGAAGGGCCGUGAGAAAAAGGUUCUCGAAGUUCGGAAAAGGCGUGUGUUGGAGGCAUUUCUGGACCUUGGGCAUUGA